UGGCAGAACACUAGUGCGGCAUUGAAUGUAAAUUUCCUGUUUUGAUUGUACAGUAGAUCAGAAGAAAUAGUGCUCAAAUACGAUCCUUUACUUUGUUGACCAGAUCUGCCCGGGCUGUGGACGAAAACAAUGGCACUAAUCUCCCUCGAGGAUCUCGACGGAUUGGAGGAUGAAGAACUGGACAAUGACAUCACUGGCAACCCUGAUCCAAUGGAGGAUGACGAGCAGCAGAGGCUGUACACCCAUUGGCAGGCGAUCGCCAGCACACACCAGGUGUCCGUCCCCCGAGAAAUGACAGGACCAAUUCAAGAGCUUACUCGACGGAACCAAACCCAAGAAAGAGAGCAGGUCCCCUUUACCUCCGUCUCUCUGCAUGAAAAGCUGGGCGAGGUGCUGUUUGAGGAGCGGGUGUACCCUGCAGGGAAGUGGGCGUGCAUCACUAAAGGGGAGAAGCUGUAUGAGCAGAGCAUCUCCAUGGGCUUCAUGAAACUCAUGAAAUUCAUCUGCAAGGAGAACUCUGUCGGACGCUAUUUGGGAAUGACUGUACCCAUUGUGAACAGUAUCCAAAUGCUGGAGGACGGCAAUGGCUUUCAGAAAGACAUCUUGACCGCAUACUACCUGCCUGCUGAGUUCCAGGCCAACCCGCCCCAGCCAACUGACCUAGACAUCACCAUACUCCAAAGGGAGGCUUUACGAGUCAUCACCCGGACUUUCUUCGGCACCACCACGGAGGACACAAUCAUGCCUCAGAUUAACCUGCUGUGGGAGAUGCUGGGCCCCAGCGAGGAGAUGCAUCGCUACUCCUACAUGGUGGCUGUCUACGACAAUCCUGGGGUGUCCUGUCGCAGGAACGAGAUCUGGUUCAUACGACGAGACCCCUAAAUCUCUUAUAACAACCACCUGUCCCCUCCUGUAUCACCCCAGGGUUGUGUUCAUUUGCCGUUAAAUGGAAUAAAAGGGACAAACGGGGAUGGACUACUUGGACUUGGUCCAAUAAUCAACACUCAUUUUCAGUUUCCAGUGCAAAAUGUUUUUAAAAAAUGUUUGUUUUUGUUUUUGCGUGCCCUAAUCAACACAACCCAGAUGAUUCCUGUCAUGGGGAUAGAUUAUGGAUUAAAAUGGGAGGAAUGGGUCUUGGGUUGGUUUUAGAGGUAAACAUGACAAGAUUACUUUAAAGAUGGUAUUAGGUAGACAGUAUGACAGGAAAAUACUUAUUUAACAUUCACUGAGAUGGUAUGCUUUUCUAUGCUCUAGGGGAGCACAAGAAAAUACUAGCUUCAGUGGCAUUUAUACCAUGUACACAACCAAAAAUGGUGUUUAAAAUACAAGUAUAUUGUAUCUCUGUGGAAGAACUGUCUGGGCAUUACAAGAGUUAACUCUUAUAUUUCCAUCACGUUUUAUCUUUAUUUUUCUUGCUUUUUAUGUUAAUUUUUUUAUAUCAUCUAAUCAUUGCAAACUGGUGUCACAUAAUGUCACAGUCCGUUUUGCAUUUGAGUCAUUUAGCAGAAGCUCUUAUCCAGAAGCUCUUAUUCAAAGUUACUUGAUAUGAUAUGUGGGUGUUCUCUUACUCUUAACUGUCAUUAAGUUUUAUCCUUCCAGUGAAUUUUGCCCACACUUUGCUACUUUACCUACAUUUUGAGGUAUACAUGUCCUAAUAAGUAAAUGACUAUCCCCCUUCCCCCAGCCACAAAAUGAUUGACAGAUUGGUCAUUCGUUACCUUCAGUUGCCACUAGGUGUCAACCAAACAGUAACGUUGUAUUAUGUUUUUUGUCUGUUUUUUUGCUUAUUGGUGAAUAGCGAAUAUCUCACAAAUGAAUAGAUUGGUUUUGGUGAGGUUAGUUGUAAAUGGAGCUGAGACUGUGACCAGGCUCUUUAGGUUUUGAGGAAGGUUCAAGCUUUUUGAAGAUUCAUAGCUAUAGUUAAUGAUGGUUGGGGAAUGGAAGUUUAAUUUAAGUGACUUAUGAACCUGUCUGUUCAGCAUGGCCUAAUGAUGUGCUCUUACUGUGCUUGCCUCUUUUUUUAAAUAUAUUUCCCAGAAUAAGUGUGUAUUUGUUUGUAUUCUCCAGUAAUUAGUACGGUAUACAUUUGAUAUGUUAAAAUUGUACCCGGCUUCUCUUUUGUGACCUUGUAUUUCUAUGCUGUUUUCAACUGUUUUCAAUGCAUACAUUUCAACAUUUCAGUGUGAAUUGUAGUGGGUUGCUUCAAUUUAAAGCUGCAAUAUAUAACUUUUUGGGCAACCUGGCCAAAUGCAAAUAGAAUUGUGAGUUAUAGAUCAUUCAUUCUCAUUGAAAUCAAGUCUAAGAUGUAGUAGAUCUGUUCUAUGUGUGUUAUUUCAAUGCUUCUGUUCAUAAGUUUUGUUUUUACCUCUUUUACUUUCUGUUUUGUACAAUAACUUCAAACAGCUGAAAAUACUAUAUUUUUGGUUAUGAAAAAUAUAUUACACAGCAGUUUAGAUGGUGCAAUUAUCCCUCUACACUAUUUUUGCUUGUUUUGUUACAAACCAACAUUUGGAAUUUUAGCAAACAGAGAGAUUUCUUUAUAGUGCAUCUUUAAACUACUUAAAAGAUUGCCAGUGUAAGUUAAUGGAGAUUUGAUAUACAUUUACACUUAAAAACGUACCGUGCCUUCAGAAAGUAUUCACACCCCAUUUAAUUUUUCCCCAUUUUGUUGUGUUACAGUCUGCAUUUAAAAUGCAUUCAAUUUAGAUGUUGUGUCACUGAUCUACACACAAUACUGCAUAAUGUCAAAGUGGAUCUUUUAUUUUUUUUAUUUUUACAAAUUAAUAAAAACUGAAGAGCU